UGAAACAAUGUCUUUGGAGGAAUCACAAGAUGGAUCUCGAGAGAGUGACUCCAGAUAUUUUUGUUGUAUAUGAAAUAUUGUAGAUUUUUAUGCCCAGCAACGUAGGUUUAUGAGUUUGCUCAGUGCCCCAACAAGCUUUGUGCGUCAUUCUCUUACAUUGAUUUGGAUUUGAUUUUCGUUAGAUUGUCUAUUCGUGAACAGCUACGGCUUAUACUUAGAGUGGCUUUUGAUGCCAUCGUUUCACCGUCUAUGAUUGAAGUCAACCAAAUGCCAAUCUCACAAUUGGUGGGGUCACUCUGUUUCUUUUGUCAGGAUUCUCUUGCAGCACAUCAAUGAACCUUGAAACUAAGGAUUAAAUGAUGAGAGCCCCACAUAGCAAAUAAAAGGGGAGAAACCACAUUCUCUCUAUUAUACACUCCUUUCAUUCUCUCUCCUACCAACCAACCUUCUACAGAAUCUACCUUACUUCCUUCCCCUUGGUUUCUCAGCUGCAGACAGUAAUGGCUCUGGAAUCCUCCUCCAGAAGGCACUUCCAUUGGACAAGGAAGGUUAGUAAUGAAGAUGAAGACGAUUCCACCUUCAACUCCUCAGAAUCUGCUGUAGAACAAAAGGAGGAGAACGCCAAGCCCAUUUCACAGGAGCCAGAGGAACAGCAGCAGGUGCGAGCACAAUUGACCAGGAGGAAACUGCAACAGCUCGCUGUCUCUCGGUUCCGUUCGGUUCUCACUGCCCUUGGCCGCAACCGUAACACACGGCACAGUCUCCGUUCUCGAGUGGUUGGAACACUAUUUGGUUCCCGCCAGGGGCAUGUUCAUUUUGCAUUUCAGAGAGAUCCCAAUUCACAUCCAGCUUUCUUGAUUGAGCUCGCUACUCCAAUCAGUGGUCUGGUGAAGGAAAUGGCAUCUGGAUUGGUUCGAAUUGCACUGGAAUGUGAUAAAGAGAAAGAUGAGAACAAGAAACCAGGAAGGAGACUGCUUGAAGAGCCUGUUUGGAGGACAUUUUGCAAUGGGAAGAAAUGUGGCUUUGCGUCAAGGAGAGAAUGUGGACCCAAGGAGUUGAAGAUCUUGAAGGCUGUGGAACCAAUUUCCAUGGGUGCGGGCGUUUUACCGGUGAACAAAGGCACCGAGGGCAGUGGCGGUUGCAGCGGGGAAGGAGAAGGUGGAUCAGAUGGUGAGAUUAUGUACAUGAGGGCAAAGUUUGAGAGAAUUGUAGGCUCAAGGGAUUCUGAAGCUUUCUACAUGAUGAACCCAGACAGUAAUGGAGCUCCUGAGCUCAGUAUCUAUUUACUAAGAGUAUAAUUUGAUGAUCAACCAUGGAAGGAUUGAUCUGAGUUACUAUCAAGGUUCCUUCAUUUCAGCAGCUGCAUCUCAGCCAAAGGCCAGCUCCAUGUGCUGUUUUUUCUUCUCUUUUUUGAUGUGCUGUACUUUGUAUUAUUACCAGUUUAGGAUUUCUUCCUUUUUGUUGGGUUUGGGGGGGAUACAUUACAAGAUGAUGGUGGGUUGGGGAGAUGAAGAUGUAAAUGUAAAGUUUCUGUUUAAUUCAUGAUUAAUUACAAUUACUUUAAAAAAAUUUCUUUGA